AUGGCGCCCUGGCUGCCCACCAAGGAGAAGCUGGGCGUGGCCGUGUGGAACUUCCCGCGCACCCAGGAGCAUCACCUCCCACUGCAGAUCGGGGAGAUGGUGCACAUCCUGCAGGCCUCCGAGGGCUGGUACUGCGGGUACUCGCUGCGGAACAGGGCUGCCCGGGGCAUCUUCCCGGCCUCGCUGAUCCGGCUGAAGGGCGCCGUGGUGGAGCAGCAGCGGGGGGUGGAGGAGAGCGUGGUGCCCUCCGAGAUGCCCAUGGUGCAGGAGAUCACCACCACGCUGCGGGAGUGGGCCGCCAUCUGGAAGCAGCUCUACGUGGCCGGGCAGACGGAGCGCUACGGGCAGGUGAAGAGGAUGAUGCAGGAGCUGAUGGAGCAGCGCUCGCAGCUGCUCUCGGGGACGCUGCCCAAGGACCAGCUCCUGCGGCUCAGGAAGGAGGUGACGGGCAGGAUGGACUACGGCAACAAGAUCCUCGCGCUGGACCUGGUGGUGCGCGAUGAGGACGAGAACAUCCUGGACCCCGACAGGACCAGCGUCAUCAGCCUCUUCCAGGCUCACAGGAGAGCGGCGCAGACCCUCACCCAGCGCAUCCAGGAGGAGACGAGCUCGCAGCAGAGGGCAGCCGGCCGUGGCACCCACGGGGCUCCUUCGCCCUCCCACAACCUCUACCUCUGCGUCCGGAACUUCGUGUGCCACGUCGGCGAGGAGGCGCAGCUCUUCAUGGCCCUCUACGACCCCGGCGAGCAGCGCAUCAUCAGCGAGAAUUACGUGAUCCGCUGGGCCAGCACCGGCGUCCCCCAGGACAUCGAGCUGCUCAACAACCUCAAGGUCGUGUUCACGGACCUGGGCAGCAGCGACCUGAAGCGGGAGCGGCUGUUCCUGGUGUGCCAGAUCAUCCGGGUGGGGCGCAUGGACCUGCGGGACAGCCACAGCCGCAAGCUCAGCACGGGGCUGCGCCGGCCCUUCGGCAUCUCAGUGAUGGACAUCAGCGACAUCACCAAGGGGACGUGUGACAGCGACGAGGACAAGCAGCACUUCAUCCCCGUCCACCUGGUGGCUGCUGAUGGCGAUUUCCUUCACAACAUGAUCCGGAAGGCGGUGGAGGGGAAGGACAUCAACCACAAGGGACAAGGGCUCUGGGUGUCCCUGAAGAUGCUGUGGGGAGACCUGAGCCAGGUGAGGAAGGACCACCCGCACCUGGUGGAUCGCAGCACGGCAGUGGCUCGCAAGCUGGGCUACCCCGAGGUCAUUAUGCCAGGUGACGUCAGGAACGACAUCUACCUGACCCUGGUGCAGGGUGAGUUCGACAAGGGCAACAAGAAGACGCCGAAGAACGUGGAGGUGACCGUGUGUGUCUGUGACGAGGCAGGAAAUGUGCUGCAGAACGCGAUCCACGCGGGAGCAGGGGACAGCCCCAGCAGCCACCACCGCUCCGUUGUCUACUACCAGCAGAGGCACCAACGCUGGAUGGAGACCCUGAAGAUUGCUGUUCCCAUCGAGGACGUGCACAGGACCCACCUGAGGUUCACCUUCCGCCACCGCUCCUCCAGUGACUCCAAGGACCGCAGCGAGAGGAUUUUCUCCAUGGCCUUUGUGAGGCUGAUGCGCCCCGAUGGCACCACGCUGCGGGAUGGGGAGCACGACCUCCUGCUCUACAAGGGUGACAGCAAGAAGCUGGAGGAUGCCAGCACCUACCUGUCCCUGCCCUCGGAGAGGAACCUGUCGGAAUCCAAGCUCCUCUCUGGCUCCUCCUUCCGUGUCAGCGGGGCCACGGCGCCUUUAGCCGUGUCCAGCCGGGACAGCUUCCAAAUCUCCACACUCAUCUGCUCCACCAAGCUGACCCAGAAUGUGAACCUGCUGGGGCUGCUGAAGUGGCGCUCCAAGCCCAGCCUGCUCCGUGGCAACCUCCAGAAGCUGAUGAACGUGGAUGGAGGGGAGGUCAUCAAGUUCCUGCAGGACACGCUGGAUGCCCUCUUCUCCAUCAUGAUGGAGCACUCGGACACCGACGUCUAUGACACCCUCGUGUUUGACGCCCUGGUUUUCAUUGUGAGGUUGGUGGCUGACAGAAAGUUCCAGCACUUCAACACGGUCCUGGAGGCCUACAUCCGCCAGCACUUCAGCGCCACGCUCGCCUACAAGAAGCUGCUGGCGGUGCUGACUCAGUACGUGGAGCAGGCGGGCCGGGGGGAGCCCUGUGAGUCCCUCCCGGGCACUUUCAAGGCCCUGGAGUACAUCUUCAAAUUCAUCGUCCGCUCCCGGCACCUCUUCGCCCAGCUCUACGAGGGGAAGGAGGUGGCCGAGUUCCAGCGCUCCCUGCACAGAUUCUUCCUCGCCCUGACCCAGCUGAUGGAGUCCCCGCUGGAGGGUCCCACGCUGCUGUCCCAGGGAGCAGCUCUGAAAUAUCUGCCCUCCAUCCUCGAGGACGUGGUUGGGAUCUUUGACUCCUCCACUCUGGGGGCCAUUCUGAGGGACUUCGUGGGGAACCUGCUGCCCCAGCGGCUGCUGAAGCAGAAGCUGCAGUCCCUGAGGGGCAUUGCCAGCAGCAGAGCCUUCCAGUGCCACGAGUGCCGGGAGCUGGUGCUGCAGGCGGCCCUGCCCAUCCUGCAGGAGCUGAUCCAGGCAGGGGAGGAGGAGGACGCCUGCAUUGAGCUGCUCAGCAGCAUCCUGGAAGUGCUGGACCAGACCCAGAAGAGCGCAGAGAAGCUGCGAGCGCGCCACAAGGACCGCGGGGACGUGGAGCUGGCCCGGGUGAAGAAGCACAUCCAGGUGGUUCUGGAGCAGCUGCUCCACACGGUCAACCGCAGGGUGAUCGUGCUGGACCGGGAGAACCCGCUGAGGAGCCACUACGUAGCCUGCAUGGCCACCAUCCUGAGCCAGAUGGACAAGGACCACUACAGCACCUACAUCCAGGCCUUCCCCUCCCGGCCUGAGCUGAUGGACUUCCUCAUGGAGACUUUCAUCCUUUUCAAGGACCUGAUUGGGAAGACGGUGUAUCCCGGUGACUGGGUGGUGAUGAACAUGGUGCAGAACCGGGAGUUCCUGCGUGCCAUCAACCAGUUCGCCACGACCUUAACCGAGAUGUUCCUGAGCGACAGCGACUUCGAGCUGCAGCUUUGGAACAACUAUUUCCACCUGGCCGUGGCUUUCCUCACCCAGGACUCCCUGCAGCUGGAGAAUUUCUCCCCGGCCAAACGCAACGCUAUCCUGGCCAAGUAUGGGGACAUGAGAGCCACGAUCGGAGCGUCCAUCCGGGAUAUGUGGUACAGCCUCGGCCAGCGCAAGAUCGAGUUUAUCCCGGGGAUGGUGGGUCCCAUCCUGGAGAUGACGCUGGUGCCGGAGCUGGAGCUGCGCAAGUCCACCAUCCCCAUCUUCUUCGACAUGAUGCUCUGCGAGCACCGGCUCACCGGGAGCUUCAGCCGGUUUGAGGAUGAGAUCCUGCGCAGGCUGGACAGCGAGGUGGAGGGCGGCCGGGGGGACGAGCAGUACAUGCAGCUUUUCAAGAGCAUCCUGCUGAGCUGCUGCCAGAGCCACCCCGAGCUGGCCAAGCCUGGAGAGGACUUUGUGAGGCUGGUGAGCGAGCUCCUGGAGAGGCUCCUGGACUACCGGGCUGUCAUGAAUGACGAGAACAAGACUUACAGCAUGAGCUGCACCGUCAACCUCCUGAACUUCUACAAGGAGAUUGACCGCCAGGCCAUGUACAUCAGGUACCUGUACAAGCUGAAGGACCUGCACAUCAGCUACGAGAACUACACGGAGGGAGCCUACACGCUGCUGCUGCACGCCCGGCUGCUCACGUGGUCAGAGGAGUCGAAUGCAGCCCCCGUGCCAGGCCCCCACGGCCUCCACCUGCACACCCAACGCCAGCUGAAGGAGGCUCUGUACAACCAGAUCAUCGAAUACUUCGACCAGGGCAAGAUGUGGGAGGAAGCCAUCCACAUCUGCAAGGAGCUGGCGGAGCAGUACGAGAACCACGUGUUCGACUAUGAGAUGCUGAGCGACAUCCUGCAACGAGAAGCCAAGUUCUAUGAGAAGAUCCUGAAGGUGCUGCGGCCCAGCCCGGACUACUUUGCCGUGGGAUAUUACGGGCAGGGCUUCCCCACCUUCCUCCGGAACAAGGUCUUCAUCUACCGGGGCAAGGAGUACGAGCGGCGUGAGGACUUCGAGAUGCAGCUGCUGAGCCCCUUCCCCAAUGCUGAGAAGCUGAAGAGCACAUCUCCCCCUGGCCAGGACAUCACCCACUCCCCAGGGCAGUACAUCCAGUGCUUCACUGUGCAGCCGGCAGAGGAAGCCAAGGUGCGGCUCAAGGGCCGGAGCAUCCCGGAGCAGAUCACCAACUUCUACAAAGCCAACCACGUCCAGAGGUUCAGCUACUCACGGCCUUUCAAGAGGGGCCCGAACGACCCCGACAAUGAAUUUGCAAACAUGUGGAUUGAGCGGACAACCUUCAGGACAGCCUAUCCCCUGCCUGGCAUCCUGCGCUGGUUCGUUGUCACCUCCACUGAAACGAUCAUCAUCUCCCCGCUGGAAAACGCCAUUGAGACCAUGAUGAAAACCAACGAGAAAAUCAUGAGUGAGAUCAACCGGCACCAGAACGACUCCAGCCUGCCCAUCAACCCUCUCUCCAUGCUGCUCAACGGCAUCGUGGACCCCGCAGUCAUGGGUGGCUUCACCAAGUAUGAGAAGGCUUUUUUCCAGGAGCUCUACAUGCAGGAGCACCCUGAGGACGCGGGGAAGAUUGAGAAGCUGAAGGACCUGAUCGCCUGGCAGAUCCCGCUGCUGGCAGAGGGCAUCCGGAUCCAUGGGCAGAAGGUGACAGAGGACCUGCGGCCCUUCCACGAGCGCAUGGAGCAGUGCUUCGAGCAGCUGCGGGCCAAAGUGGAGAGUCAGUACGGGGUGCGAGAGAUGAUGUUCUUUGAGGACCGGCGGAGCGGCCGACCCCGGUCCAUAGCCUGGGUACCCGACUGGGACCAGCCAAGCCACGCUGGAGCCAGGCAAGUGGGGAGUGGUGGUUGUCCCCUUUCAUCCCCCUCAGCUGAGCCUUCCUCACUCUGGCCCAGGUGCUUUUCUUCCACCUCCCCAGUCCUCUGCCCUUCCACUUUCCCUUUAAGCCAAGUGCAUCUCAGCCCUGUCCCUGUGGGGGUCAAGGAGGAGACACCCCAUGUGCAGCCCUGAGGCUCCCCUGGACACUGCUGUCACCUGAGCCAACCAUUCUUGUUCCCCAAACCUCCCCUGCUGAGCUCUGCUGUGGCUGGUGCUGAUGCCUGAGCGAGUGCAGCCGCUCCCAGUGAUGCUCCAGCUGGUCCAUGGCCUAGCCCUGCCCCUCUUCCCCCUGCUGCCCCUCACCUGUCCCAGUCACCCCACAGCACGGAGGCACCCCCGACCCCAAAGGCUGCCCAUCGCCCCUCUGAGAGCGAGGACCACAGGAACGAGCGCAGGGAGAACCGUGCCAGCUCCAUCUUCAGCUCCCGGCGGCAGGACUCCCGCCAGUCCAUCUCGGAGCUGCCAGAGCCUAAGGAUGAGAAGUGGAGACUCUCCUGCAACGUGAGCGAGAGCACCCUGAGUGCCGAGAGGAAACAGCCCCCGCCAAGCCAAUCUGCUGCUGGUGCUCAGCCCAGUGCUGCAGGCUCGUCCCCGUCUCCCACCGGCUUUGGUGGCCGCGUGAAAAGCGCCAGCAAGCUCUCACCCCUGCCCCGCAAGUUCAGCCCCGCGGUGUACGAGACGUUCCUGGAGCAGAGCGACGCUGCAGCCCCAGGGAAGGCGUCCCCGUCCCCAGAUGGGAACAGAAGCCUCAAGUCGCCGCCACUGCCGCCACCCAAGUCCAAGCGACUGUCACAGCUCUGACCCGCUGCCACAUGCAGCUGCACUGUCUGCACCCUGCCCAGAGUGCCCCUGUGCCCAGCCCGCUGCUGGACUCACAGCCCUGCUUGAUUCUCACCUGCUGGAGCACCUCUUGCAGCACUGCCACCCAGAGCAGGCUCCCUGUGUGCACCAGGCACUGCCACCCUGUGUCCCACCAGCUCUGGCUAUUGCCACCCUCCUGGUGUCCCCUCCUGGGCUGGGAACCACCUGGCCCUGGAUGUUUCCUAUGCCUCUGGAGCUACGCUGAGCUCCCCAGACAUGCAGCACCUCCCAGCCAUGAGGACAUCCCUCCCUCCACCUGAGCUGCCCAUGGUCUGUGCCAAUGCCAGGGAGCCAGUGACUUCCCCAGUGGCAUUCCUGCGUGAUUCCUGUUCCCAUCCCUUGGCUGCCCACCCCAUCCUGCAGCACUAGGACCCAUUCCUGAGCUGAACUGCACAGGAGCCAGCCAGGUGUGUACAAGGGCCCUGGCAGCCUCAUGCUCUGCAGUGCCACCUCUCCUGCCCACACCUGCCACCUGCACCAGGCGGGUGUCACUGCCCUGACUGGCCAUGCCACGCUCAGCUCCCACCUCUGCACUGCAGCCAUGGCUAAUAAAGGGCAAACACAACAAAUG